AUGUCGCAAGCUGGAACUGUGGGAACACCCUCAGCGCUAAAUAAUGGUUUCAACAAAGUUUUCAUUCAACGCGAUUAUAGCGAAGGUACGGCAGUGAAAUUCCAUACCCGAUUGCCACCAGAGUUGGAGGGAUUGAUCGAAAGACAUGUCUUUGAGUCUACCAUAAAUAAACUAAAUGAAUUUUUUGCGGAAGCUGAAAAAGGAUCAUGCAGUACUUAUUGUGAAGGUUGUAUUGGUUGUAUAACUGCCUAUUUGGUCUAUAUGUGUUCGGAGACACAUUAUGAAAAAACUCUGCGUAAAAUUUCCAAAUAUAUUGCUUCCCAAAAUGAACGCAUUUAUCAUCCCAAAGGUUUACAAAUUAUCGAUCCUACCUAUCGUGGUUUGCGAGUAAUAGAAAUUACAAUAUUAGAUCGUCCUGGACGAACGUGACUUCCGCUUUCACACUCCACCGAAGAGUUUUUCAUGUAACAAAA